ACCUUUGCUUUUUGACUUACUGUAUGUUGUCACACAAGCAUCAAACCAUGAGCCUUUUAUGACAAUCAGCAUUUUGAGUCUCUCUCAAAUUUCCAUACAUCAUGGACACAGCAGUACUUGUCGAACAUAACAUGGAGCCAACACACAUGAGUCCUAAUCCAUUAAGAUGCCCUCCCCCUUCAACCCCUCUACAUCAGCUAUCUCCCGAACGCAUCAAUCAGCAGCGCAUGCCUCUGUCUCCUUCCUUGCCUAGCUUUGCCAAUGAGAAUGAUCGCCCACGAACCCGGGACUCAUUUUCGUCCGAUGUCCAGUCGAAAGUCGCAUUUCUAAACAGUCUCGCCCACGGCACGGGCACGGGCAGCGUGCAAUCGUCGCCUACAAGACCACCUAGGGGAAACACCAACAGCAACAACGCCCUCCAGCGGGCUGUGAUGGGGUAUGAAGAGGCGCAGGCCAGUCUGGCUACACUGACUGCAGAACUCGAGCGGGCGAAAGAAGAAAUGUCCUCGAGGAAGAAGAGGGAACGAAUGCUCGCGCAGCGCGUGGACGAAUUACUGGAAGACUUGCAGGCCGAAAAGGAGAAGAGAUGUCGUGAUCAGGAAAGUUAUGCUAAAGAGAUCAAGAGGUGUCGCAAGGAGGCGUACCGUGCUGAGUUGGCGGUCGUAGAAGCACGACAGGACCUGCAGGAGGCGAGGAGUGAGUUGAAGAGAAGCCAGGCUGAAGUGCAGCAUGAAAAGGCGGAGAAAGAGAAGAGUCGGCAGGAGAGUUUUGAGAGAGCUUAUGCUCUCGCAGGGGUGGUCGGCGAGCUGGAACAGUUGAAAGACCAGCUGAAGGUCAUUGAGAAAGAAAGAGAUGCUGCCUUGCUGGAGGUGAAGGCUAACAAAGUCGAGAUGAACGUCUCGAUGGAAGACGAAGACAAAGAUAAGGUUGCGACAAACCGCCAGCCCGAGAAGGGGCAAUCUGAAACGAGCAAGCAUGCGCAGCAACAACCGGAGCCGACAGUUUCUCUGAAGAGAUCAAUCGAAACGAUGGAAGAGCCGGAAGUGUCUGAAUCUAUGGCGCCUCGUGAUAUACUCAAGUUCACCCUGGACAUCUACGACAAACGCAUGCAAGGAGAAAAGCUGACGCCUCAAGAAGAGAUUCGAUAUCUCAAGCAGGAGUUGAGAUGUGCUCGACAAAAGCAUGCUGAGGAUGCUGAUAUGAUGCACUUCAUGCAUAUGCAGUGCCAGUUCAAGGCUUGCCCCUGCCGACUAGCAGAGGAGAAGGGUGAUCGUUUUGUGCAUGACUACGCAUAUGAGGCGGCUGUCGACCAAGCUCGGGCGUCGAAGAAGAGGAAGAUCUCGAAUCAACGCACUGAUCCACAACCCGCACAGGUGCCCUUUGAGGACAAGGGCGCCCAAGCAAAUGCAAGCACUGAUGUACCGUUCCACGAUGCGCCACAGGCACUGCCUGAGCCUAUAAAGGACGAAGAAACCUACAGACUACCUCCCGAUCCCAUACCCGACCAUCUAUCGAGGAUCUCCGAGGAACCACUUCUCCUCGAAGAAGCCGUCGAGGUUCCCCUACCCGAACCUCAACCCAUGGAAUUGGACUCACGAGAAGUCACGCCCGAGCCGACCGCUCAACUUGAAGAAAUCACCCAAGUUAUCGUCGAACCCGGCACAACAUCAAAACCAUUCUCCUUCUCCACCUCGACCACAAGCAAUCCUGCACUGAGAGCCGCAACACCAUCCCUGCGACACACCGAGAGCGCAACGACCGUUCUCGAACGCCAAAGAGAACAAGAACACGACCUCUUUGAUCUCUCUCCUCCAAAGCAAGCACCCCCUCGCCGUCCAUCAACUGCCAUGGGCAUCUUAAUGAUCGACUCACCCAUCCGCCUCGUGCCAGACUCACCACGCUCCUUGAGGUCGUCCGAACACGAAAUGACCCGCUCAACGACCCCGACAUAUGAUUAUCACCACCCCAACAACUACAAUCACACGAUCACCACAACCACCAAAAUCGCACUCAAAGGCUCACCGCAGAGGAACAGUUUGCACAGACGAGCACAGUCGCGACCAGACAUUCGCAGCCACUCCCCUCUGAGAUCCUCCGCCAUGUCGCAUGUAAGUGACCCUGAUACUGAGUCAUUUCCGCGUCCCGUCUUUGCGAAAGACACAUCCGCAUCACCGGCCUCGACGACGCUAUUCCCCGUCACCCCACUUCAUAAGCACGCAAAGUCCGCACAACUACUCGCGCAGUCGCAGCCUCGACCUGCGCCCGCACCCACGGCUAUGACCAGUAUCACGACUCGCGUCCCGCUCAAGGGGUUCGCCGACGCCGAAGGAAAUGACCAGUACUCUCCCGAAAAGCCCGGUCACCGAUAUAACUAUGGUCACGCGCACACGGAGGUGUUGAACGUUAAUAUGAGUAUGAACAUGAACUUCAACCCAGACGUCCAUGCCAACCCGCUCCGCACGAGCACGGCGAGCAACGGGAGCGAUACAUUUUCGAACCGCGCGUCGCAGGCAGGGACCAUCCCGACCUCGAUAUUGGGCAGUGUCCCUGGAACGCCGAUAUCACGAGAAGCCGCGCUGGCACAGAUCCGAGCGAGACGAGAUCGCGCCAGGAGUGUGAAUUUGAAGUUGUCGUCCACCGGCAAGGAGAAUGGUAUGACUGGCAGUGGCAAAGCUGGCAGUCCAAUGAAGCCUAAGGUCGUUGGUGGGGCGGGAAUGUUCGGUAGGGACAAGGAGAAUGUGAGGCGGGAGAUCAGCCAAGCGAGUGCGCCAGGACGGUUUGGAUACUGAAAGGCGGGGCAGGACGUGAACGUACAGACAAGUAGACCGUGAGUACGGCGACGAGUGUAUGCAAAGAUGGUGAAAGAGCGUGGCCGAGGAGGUAUGGCUCGAACAGAGCAAGUAUGAGGACGAGUGAUCGAGAAAAGGAGAUUGAUGUGUAAAGUACAAAGAUGACAGUGUUUCUAUUUAUUUUGGGUCUGGCGUCUGUAUAGCCGGUGCGACUGGAUAUGCAUACGCGUGCUCAUUCAGGAACAUACCCGAUACUGGAUAGCGGUAAGGCGUAAUGGAAUUUCAAGUUGAACAAGAUA